GUGCGAUGGACACGAUCGUCGAUCAAGUGCGCAAGGAGCUGUCGCACGAGUAUGGACACAUGCUGGUUCAGUGGUACGAAGCUGUGGACUGGCAGGAACCUUUGAUCCUCGGUCUCAUAUCCUUCCACGUCCUGCUACUCACGGCAGUGCUGGCCUUCCGCCACGUGUACCCUGUUCAAGUGGGGCUGUUUGUCUUGAUUUGUGGCACCAUUUACACGAGCGAGUACCUGAAUUCCGUCGGCCGCGACAACUGGCAAGCGUUUGCAUCGCAAAACUACUUUGACACCCACGGCGUGUUUAUGGGCAUCUUCGUCGCCGGACCACUCCUCGCCAUCGGGUUUGUGCAACUGGCCAGCAACAUCCAUGCCAUGGCACAUUUGGUGGUCGCUGUCAAGCGCCACGAACUGAACAAGACCAGUAAGGCCAAAAAGAGCAAUUGAGAACAUUCACAACCGCCUUCAUUCCACCACAUUCCCAUUAUUGCACUUUGCUUUUUGUUGUCUUAUAAACAAUGUUAAUGCAAGUCGCGCACGGGGAACUCCUUUUCCCACAACACGUGCGUAAAGUCGUACAGACUCUUGGU